UCGUCUAGUUGUGUGUAGACGACAGACGUAUCUAUACUGUAGUUUUUAUUGGUCGUGUUUAUAUUAUUUCAUUAGUUAUAUUUCUCAAAAUGUUCGGUAGAGUUUUAUGUUUCAGUUCUUUAUUAAUAUUAUUUCCUCAAAUAAUUAAAACCACUACAGUUUACAAAUGUGGUACAAGAAAUCAAGAAAUUUUAAAUAACGUAACAGUAACAAUUGAAAAUUGUACUACCACAUCAAGAUGCUCAUUAAAACGGAAUAGUACUAUGCAUAUACAAAUUAAAUUUAAACCAGAAUUUGAUGUAAAGGAUUUAAUCACAGAAGUGUAUGGUGUAGCAUUAAAUAUACCAAUACCCUUAUUAGGAGUAGAUAAUAAAAGUGUAUGCAAUAAUCUCUUUGAAGAAAAUGGUACAAAAAAAAAAUGUCCUGUACUAAAAGGUAGUACAUAUGUUUAUAAAGACGAGAUAUACAUAAUUGAAGCAUAUCCUAAGUUUAAGGUAGAUAUACAUUGGAGUUUAAAGGAUCCAAUUACAAGAAAUAUUGUUACUUGUUUCGAAGCACCAGCAAAAAUUAUUGAUUAAUGUUUAAUUGUAUUUUUUUUAUUUUAAUUAAAAAUAAAUAAACAAAUAUAGUUUGAUCUUCUAUUGAACACUUGCAUGUAUACAAUAAUGUAAUAUAUAAAUAAUACUUAUUAUAAAUAUUUAAAAAACACACUUAAAUAAUUUUAGAAAAAAAUACUGUAAGUUGUAACAAAUAACAUUUAAAAUAUUAUUAAAUAACAGUAAUAAUUUUACAUUUUAAAAGCUCUUAUGAUUAAAU